AUGAGCACUUUGACUUUCGUGGAACUUAUCACAGAGAAUCGGUUACUCUUGCUUACUGCACUCAUCGUUUCUUGGAUAAGUUUCAAACUUUCACAGUUAUUGUUGAUCUAUUUGAAAUACACUGUUGGAGUAUGGUGCUUUUCUAAACGGAAAACACUUCGUCAGGCUGGUGAAUGGGCAGUUGUCACUGGUGCAUCGUCAGGUAUUGGUGAAGCGUAUGCAGAAGAAUUGGCCACAGAAGGUCUCAAUAUCAUGCUUAUCAGUAAUGAUGAGAAACAACUGUCAUCCGUUGCUAAACGAAUCGCAAAUACCUACAAUGUUCAAACACGAAUUGUGGUUGCAGAUUUCACUAAAAAUGAUGUUUAUGAAAUCAUAAGACCUGCUGUUGACCAAUUGUCCACAAUUGCUUGUUUAGUUAACAAUGUUGGUAUGGUGUUACCGUUUGAGUUGUUUGCUGGAGAAGUUGAUUCACCGAAUGAAGAAUCAAUCAAAAAUAUCAUUCAUUGUAACAUUUUAUCUACACUGAUAAUGACAAGCAUCAUUCUGCCGAAAAUGUUAACACAGAAAGGACCUAAUCCUGGUAUCAUAAACAUUUCAUCUUAUACAGCUUUAAAAGUGACGCCCUACUUGCCGAUUUAUCCUUCAACCAAAGCAUUCAUUAUUCAAUUCUCUAGAUGUCUGGCUGCAGAAAAGUAUAGAAAGAAUGUGAUUAUACAAACGAUGUAUCCAUUAUUUGUAUCUACAAAUAUGACCGAUUUAAGAGAACCCACAUAUUUCACACCAUCUGCUAAAGUCUAUGCUAAAAGUGCAUUGGAUAUGUUCGGUGUUGAACAACAAACCACUGGUUAUUUUCCACAUGAGUUAAAAGCAUUUGUAUACAAUCUAAUGCCAACAUCAUUGUGGGUAAAAAUAAUCGAACGUACGUUCACUCCAAUCAGUAGACAAUCGAAGAAGGUUGACUAA